CCAUACGCCAGCCUGCGGUCCCACAGCUGCGUGCAUGGGGUGAGGAUUGCUUCCCCCACCCGUGUUUGUGUUCACUCAUAUUUACCCGCUUUGACCCUUACGGGUCUGUGUUCGUUUGUCUGAAGCUAAGGCAGUACCGCAGGGUGGUGCCUUGCUUCGGCACGCUGCCGCCGUGGCUGUGCCGGGCAUCUCUGCCAUGCCCAGCACCGUUGCCUCCUGCCACAGCAGGGACCCCGAAAUGCAGCUCGUGCUUCCAGCUACAAACUGAGCCCCGAUGAACUUUGUUUCCGUGUUUUCUUGUACGGGCAAAAUGCCCCUUUUCCUCACCUGCAGGAAGGCAGAUGACUGCUUGCCCCUGGCCUGUAGCAAAGGGUUGAUGAAUCAUUUCCUUUUCCAUAUUUUAGUAAAAUUGUGUUGUUCAGAGCUCAUCUAGAGCGUUUUAAUGUUUUGAGUACUUGCACUCUUCACUCUCUUCCUGCAAUUGUCCAAAGGCUGGAUUUUUUUGUCUCCCUCCCAACAGUUGUUGUUGCUUGCUUGGAAGUGUUGCGGAUGGGUUUGUCUCUAUCAGUGCAAAUUAAUUUUUUUCCUCACUUUCUAGUCAGCCUUUUUAUUUUUAUUGCACAUUGGUGUCAGUAUGAUUUUAAAGCAUGAAUGUGAAUUUCUACCGGUGAGAGUGAUCUUCUAUGUAAAGGAAACCACGGCACCGCUACUUGUGCCUUUAGACCUUGGAGAUUUUGCUCAGCUGAAUAUAAAGCUAGGGUUGUAUUUAAAAAAAAAAAAAAAAAAAAUUAGUUCAGAGUUUUGAAUAACAGACUCUUAUUAAUGCUGGGAUUUGUGCACAGUGAACCACUGCUUUGUGUGCUUGGCUGUUUGAGAGGGAAAUUGGUAUGUCAGCAGAGAGAGAUAGGUUGUUCUUAAUUAGAUGGAGCUGGAUGCAUCGUUGGAGGCCCCAGUUGUGAUUUAAAUACUGGCUGCAGUGGGGGCAGUUCUGUAGAGAAAAUGGGAGUUGGCUUGACUUGUAUGUAUUUCUCCUGGGUUGGCAAAAUAAGGAGAUGAAGGGACAGUGUGAUUUAUUGUCUAGAUACUAGAAGAGGCCUGGAAAGAGGUGUAUAUUCGGCAUUCCUAUUGCAGUCUACACAAUAAGCUAAAUUAAGUGCCAAUAUGUAAACCCAAGGAGCAAGGAAAAAAAUCUGGAGUUUGCUGAGGGGUGCUGAUUACAUGGGUAUCUCAGCAUUAAAAAAAAAAAAAAAAAAAAGAGAGAGAGAGAAAAAAGAGGCAAACAGAGCACUGAAAGGGGGAAGCCUGGUACCUAGCUUUUAUGGGUUAUGUAUAAUAACCCAGAACCUGGUUUCCAGCUAGGCAGCAAGCCACCUGUGUUGUGAAGUGCAUAACUAGGAGUCAAAGUUUUUUCCCAAAGCUCCUCUUUCCUGAGGCUGAUUCAUAUCUGCCCUUAUUGUUAUCUGUUGUGUUCACAUGUUGGGGUUUUUUUCUUUUGUUAGUCUGUUUUCCUUCCUUGUUUCUAAAGAAUAGCUUAUCUGUACACUCCAGAAGGGUGUGACUCGCAAAGAUCACAAGCUUUUUACAAUGAGCUAAAACCAGCCUGCUGACUACAAGAAAAUAUGCUGAGGUUUUCAAACAUGAGUGCCACAUUGCCUUUGCAAAAGGCUGCAAUCGCACCGAGAUGCACACUGGUGGGACUUGGAUGGAUCCAGAGCGUCUGUUUCCACUGCUGAGAGGCAAGUGUGCUUACAACAUCACCUCAUCUUGGAGAAUUACUGCUUUUGUGUUUCAGUGCUUUUCAUCUCUGCUGCCCUGUGCUGCGAAGGACAGGAGCAGUAGGACACACAGGUGUUUCUGGACGCAUCGGUCGCAUGUACACAGUGACCAGAGCUCAAGUCUUGGAGUUGGAAAAUGAGCCUUCAGCUGAGCUCUGCUCUGAUGUGAGUGACCUGGGACUGGUCACAUAAUGCCUCGUCACUCCUUGCCUGCCUCCUUGUGCACAUUAACUGUGCGUACCUGCGUAUUUCAUCGGGUUAUUGCAAAGCCUGGAGAAGAUUGAAUUCAUUCGGUUGAAGUCUUAGAGUACGCCCCUCGUGUUACUGAGGCUCCAGUAGUAGGAGAAGGAGAGGGAAGGCACCAAUUUGUCCGUUUUUAUUUUUUGUCAGGAACCUUUGCAAUGGAUGACAGAGCAGACUCUCUGAUGACUGUGCACCUUCUCGCCAAUUCAGGACACUCACUGCUUCUGCAGCAAACUCUGGAUCGUCUUUUGGAGUGGAUCUGCCCAGACAUUCGCCUUAUCACGGUGUCCGAGCGAGUUACUCCAUUGAAAUACUAUGAGAGAUAUCGCAAGAGAAGCUAUGGCUUUCCUGGAAUAUCUGUUCUCCUUUUUCUACAUGAGGACUUGGGAGAAGAACGGAUUUUCCAGGUCCAUGAGCAAUUCCAGCGUCCACCCUGGCGCUACCAGUGUGCCCAGAUUGCUAAUGGGCAAAGCCACCCCUAUGCCCCAGCUCACCAGGACUUCUACAGCCUGGAUGACCAGAUGCCUGUGUGGGGCAUCAGGCGGGUGCACUGUGGCCCUGAAAUCCUGCGUGUCACCCUCUACUGCAGUUUUGAUAACUAUGAGGACGCAGUGAGACUCUAUGAGAUGAUCCUACAGCAAGAAGCGACUAUGCAGAAAAGUAACUUCUGUGUCUUUGUGUUGUACGCAACCCAAAAUAUUGCCGUGCAGCUCUGCUUGAAGCAGCUGCCCGUCGGGGUGGCUGCUGAGCCAAAGGAGUCAUCAGCCUUGCAGUUCAAGGUGCGAGAGAUUGGGCAGCUGGUGCCUCUCCUGCCUAACCCCUGUAUCCCUGUCAGUAGCACCAGGUGGCAAACGCGGGACUACGAAGGAAAUAAAAUUCUGAUUCAGGUUCAAGACAGCUCCAAGCCCCAUGAAACAAAUGUUGGGUUUUCCCAUCAGCAUAGUGAUGCAGGCAAUGAAAAAAUCCUGCAGGACUCUGUCCCAGCCCCUUUCCCUGUGAAGCGGGGUAAUCCUGGGCGGAGAAGCCAGGAGGUCAGAUCCACAAAGGGUAAACCAAAAUCUGACCAAAGCGAAGCCCUUACUCCUGAGCAAGCCAGUGGUGACCUCCACAGGCACUUCUGCUCUUCUCACAGAGGUCCAGCCACCCGGUCAUGGUGGGAUGCCACCUCUCUCCGCAGGCAGGCGAGCAGCAAGCCGCAGGCUUCUCUCCAGGAGAGCUCCAUUCGUCAGCAGGCAGCGGAGACCAACGUUGACACCGGGCUCACCGUGGCAAAUCCUGCAAGCGGCCGCUGCCUGCUGAACCGCUUUUCCAGGGACCUGCGGAGCAGCCUCCUCCAGCCACGAGCACCCAUGGAUGGGGCCAGCAGUGCCGUGCCCUGCCAGGACAGGACCCAGCUGCUGUUUGCUGCAGCCAAAAGGAGUGAAGGAGCAGGGCAAAGAGCUUCGGGCUUCCACUUGCAAACACCACGAGCCAGCCCCGCAAACAGAGUGGAGGAUGAUGAUGAGGAAUUCUUUAUAUGACUGAAAACAAAUGUGCCAGAUGGACUCAUCAUUUCCAAAUGACAGUGGAGUGCUUUUGUGUGUAUUGUGCCGCCUCGUGCCGUGACUGCCGCUGCUUAGCUUACCUCUGUAGCUGUGGCUACAUUUCAGUAGUGGGUUCACUGAGGUAUAUGCUUACUUUCCAUGGAGCGAUACAAAGGAGGCUGCAGGCAAAGCAGGAAAAAUAACACUGUAUUUACAGAAAGGUUUAUUUUUUUAAUGCAGAAUAGAUUGCAGGAUUAUUGUGCAAUGAAUAGGAAUAAGCCAUAUGACUCCUAGAGCUGUUCUAAGAUGCUAAAAAAUAGCCAGUGACAUCUUCAGAUGGGGUUAGGAGGUGCAGUUUGCCUAAGCUGCCCAAGCAGCUGGAUGCCCCCAGCCAUGGGGGCUCAUCGUCCCUCACUGGGACGUAUUGGAACAAGGUAGUGGCAUGGUCACAGUGGUUACGCUGAUUUUCCUCUGUGUUCCUUCUUGCUUCCCCUGUUGUUGGUCUUUAAAAGCUAUCAAUGUUGUCAAUUUUAUGCAAGGUGUGAAACAUAAGGAUUUUUUUUUAAAUAUUUUUGAAGAAAACAAUUUCUAGAGAGACCUUUUUGCCAAAUUAGCACAGUACAUGCAAAAAAACACUUGCAGAGAAUAGUUUGAGCUAUGUUUAUGCUCCAGUAAGACCUGCUGUUGCGGAUUCAUAUGACACUUAAACGCAGCAACAGGCCAGGCUUUGUUAGACCAGUGUGCAGUUAUCAGUAGGCAAUCCUAAUUGGGUAUUAAUUAACAGAAGACAAGAGAAGUUAAGAGUCUUGGAGGGAACUGCUGAGUGCUGGAGAGUAAAAAGGACAGGAGAAAUGAAGUAACAUUUCAGCAACAGAUGCUGAAAUAACUCCCAUCUUGAUCAGCAGUUUUCUCUUCUCAAGUAGGAUUAAAUAAAUCUCAAGGGGAAAGAAAUGGGAAGUGCAUGAUAGAGGAAUGAAAUUAUUGAAUGAAGAGCCAAAUCUGAUCAUACUUACCUUCCAAACAGCACAACAGAGAGGUAUUUUCUCCUUAAAUACAUCUGAAUUCUGCUUUACACAGAAGUGUGAAUUUGUUUGGAGAGUGUCUUCUCAUUGCCUCUUCUUAGUUCAUAACUCAAGUUCGACAGACAAUGGCUUCUUGCGGCCCAAGGAGAGGCAGAAGGUGAUGAGCAGCAGCAGAGCCUUCCUGCGGGGGGUUCUGCACAAUUUUGUGGGUAUUUACUUGUACGUGUGCCCGCUGAACGCAGCCCACGCUGCACUGCAUGAGCUUUGUUACCCCGGGAAGUCCAAACCCAUCCCCCUGCUGCUGCUGGGCUCUGCGGCCCAGUGGGACUAGAGAGCGAUGCCAUUGCUGGAUGUUAGCUUGGGCUUCGGGAAGGCCCAGCGUUUUGGAGAAGUUUUGAAGGCACAGCCGAGUUGGUCUGAAAAGCUGCAGGUGGGAAUAGGGCAGUCCCUGCUCUGUGCCUCCGCGCCCUCACAGCUGGUGUUGCCCUGGAAGCGAUGCUCAUGUACCCUUCGAUUUGGAGACCGACACCUGCAGAAAGCUGAACAGGACACUUGUUUCACUGGACACUUACAACCCCCCCCAUGUUUUUAUAAGCUCCGUAAAAAUUUUGGACUUUUUAAUAAAUCAUAUGGUGAUAUUUUA